UUCAUAAGUCAGAGUGUCAGCUUAAUCAAAUAAAAUAGUAACUAGCUACUGAUAUAUCUGUGAAUUCUAUAACCUGCCUCAAAAUGAGUUCCCCGUAUUACCAAGAGGACGUGGUGGCCUACCGCUCUCUAAGCACCAUUAAGGGAUUGGAAUGGCGGCACUUGAAAAAGAAGUGUCGAGUUCUCCGCUUGGAGACGGCGUGUUCUCGUCUUCGGGAGAUGGCAAUGAUAUCGAAUGUGGGGCGAAUAAUGUGGCACAUUGAACUGCUGAUGAUCAUCCACAUUAUUCUGAUACUCUCGUUAGCCAGGGACGUUGUACUGGUGUCAUUGCUUCCCUACUUUGUGGUAAUGGUAUUCACUCCCUUUAUUAUGAUAGGCAGCAUGCAGGAUGACGUUUCCUCCACGAUGCAUAAGGUCAUCUCUUGGUUAAUGGCUUCUUUUCUAACAUUUAUGGACAUUUUUUCGGACCUCCUGGGAGCCCUCCACCGCGGGGCAGCCUAUCCCAUAGUGCCCAACUAUGAUCACGUGGUGCUGCUCUGUAUCUACAUGGCUCUACCCAUUGCCUUCUUUAAGGUCUACUCGGCAUACGUCCUGGGUUUUUUGGUUUCCUUGGCUUACUUCUGCUUCGUUUUCUACAUGCAGUACCGCAACGAUCAAGUUUCGUUUGCCCUGCUCGUCUCCUAUGCUAUAUACCUGUUUAUUCUUAACUUAAUAUUUUCGUUUUUUACUGUUCUUCGGGACUACGGUCUUAGACGUUCGAUACUGAGUCGCUACCAGUUGGUUUACCAAAACAUUGUCUAUAAGACUGUAAUGAAAAAGGAAAAGGCUCUGUUGGAGUCGAUCCUUCCUCGCAGAAUGGUUCGUACUCUGCAGGAGGAAAUCUGCAACCGUAUCGAAGAUCAGGAUAAGAGUAUCGCUCCCCUCAUGUCUACUUCAAGAAAACUCUUCUUGGAGCCCUACCCAGAGGUUACCAUUUUAGUGGCUGACAUGGUCAACUACACGCAUUUGACUACUACCCUGGAGGCACCGCAGCUCGUGGAGAUCCUGCACGACCUUUUUGUUAACUUUGACUUGGCUGCGAACCGCAACAGGGCGAUGCGGAUUAAGUUCCUGGGAGAUGCCUACAACUGUGUGGCGGGCAUCCCCAACUACUUUCCCGCCCACGCCUCCUGCUGCGUGGAUCAGGCCUUGGAGAUGAUCCAAAUCACCCAGGACAUUAGCGGCAGGCGUAGCCUGGCCAUCAAUCUGCGGAUCGGGGUGCACUCGGGAGAGGUAUUCGCGGGCAUCAUUGGGCACACCAAGUGGCAGUUCGAUACCUGGUCCAAGGACGUGGACAUCACCAAUCACCUGGAGACUACCGGUAUGCCGGGACUGGUGCACGUCUCCCAACGGACACUAAGCAUGCUGGACGAGCACUAUGUUUACAUGGAUGGAACCGAGAAGGCUAGGAAUGAUCCCAUCCUGCAGAAAGCUGGAAUCCGCACCUAUCUGGUCAGCAGCCGACUGCCCGAUACAGUGGAACCUGGCGAGCUGGACAAUGACUACAGCAACGCCUCCGUAUCAUCAUAUCGCUUCAGCUACACCGGAUCCUACGAGGAGAUCCAGAUCAAGGCGCAGCGCGAGAUGAUGAAGGAGGUGGAGCAAAUGACGGUGGGCAACUGUUUCCUCUACUGCAAGCGGAACAGGUCCAGCAAGCAGAAGGCCGCCAGCGAGGAGUACAUGUUCAAUAAGAGGAUCCACCUCAUCCCGGGCGUAUUCCGUCGCUGGAAGACCGAGUGGGCUUUCCACAACCAGCCCGAUCUGAUGAUGAAGUACACCCUGCUUGUAAUGUUCUGCGCCGGACUGGCUAUACUAACCAUCAACUGGAUCGAAAAUGCGAACUAUUUCGACCUCUAUGUCAUGCUUGGAAUACUUCUCCUACUGCUGAUCCUAUGUUUCCUUGCUGUUUUUAAGAAACUGAGGCGGCAAUGCAAAAGACUUACGCCCAUGUCGCAGCCCUCAUUUUUCUUAAGCCGCUGGCUCCUCAGGAUCUCGGAGCGCAUAGAGGAUUCCCUGUUCGUAAGGGUUCCAUUGACCGUUCUAGUACUGCUGCUUCUCUACGUCAUGUCCUCGCUGGCAGUGUUUUCCUGUGAUGUGGCCAAGUUAGAGCUGGGUAUUAUUGAUGCCCACCUGCACAACGAAAAGUCCUAUGCCGAAUGCUUUGGACCCUGGACGGUGACUUAUUCAGUGGUCAUUGUGCUUAGUCUGUUAUUUAUCAUCCUGGGUUGCCCGCUUUUAAUCAAGAUGACCGUCGGUCUUCUCAUCCUGGGGCUCCAUCUGGGCACCAUCCACCUGUACUAUGGAUUCGCCUUCGAGCGCUCGGAGACUACUGAUCUGAACCUGAAAGCGGACUACGCCCACACCUGGUACCUGGUGGCCUUCUUCAUUAUUCUAGUAUUGCGAGAGCGUCACAUCAACUAUCUCAAGAAGGCUUCCUAUUUCAUGCGAGUGUGUUACGAGGAGACCCACAAACAGACCGAUGACAAGUUGCGCUCCAUCAAGAUCAUUAUGGCCAACAUCCUGCCUUCCCACGUGGCCGAGGUGUACAAGGUGCGCCGACCCAAUGAUCAGCUCUACUCCGAGACCUUCUCCAAGGUGGCCGUGAUGUUCGCCUCCAUCGAGAACUUCAAUGCGGACACGGCGGGUCUGCGUAUUCUGCACGAGAUCAUCUGCUGCUUCGAUGACCUUCUGGUCAACUACCAGAUGAGGUACAAGAUCGAGAAGAUCAAGGUCAUGGGUUGGACAUACAUGGCAGCCUGCGGUCUCGAGGCGGACCACUACGCCGACUUCUCGAUUGACAUCCCAGUCAAGCGACCCGAAGCAGACUCGGAGGCGAGGCGCAGGUCUAGUGUGCUGACUGUGCAUUUUGGUAGUACCGAGGACGAUGAGAUGAGUGGCGAGACGGCCAGCCAGCCGAUAACUUUAGUUCAAGAUGCCGCCGUCCUGGUGAUGACCGAAUUCGCCUUGGAUUUGCUGCGCAUCAUGUACGAUCUGCGGUACAACUAUGUGUUUUCAGAGUACGACUCCUUUCAGUCGGGCAGCCUCAAGAUCGGCAUCUCCCAUGGCCCCGUAAUGGCCGGCGUUGUGGGUCUCGCAAAGCCCCACUACGACAUCUGGGGCCACACCGUCAAUAUGGCCUCUCGGAUGACCUCCACCGGUCUGCUGGACAACAUCCAGGUGACCCGGCACACGGCCAAGGUGCUGCGGCAGUUCAACAUCCGCUGCAAUUACCGGGCUCAUACGGAGGUAAAGGGAGUGGGCAAAGUGCCCACCUACCUGGUGGUCAUAGAACCGAAUCUCACUUUCCAGGAUCACGACCAAGCCAGCAUGAGCAUGAAGAGUUCGAAGAGCAUGAUCAUCGAUCAUCUGCCGUUCGAACCGAGCUACGAUCCUACCAAGUCCUCCACCUCAGGGGAGGAGGAAGCUGGUGGCGAGCAGGAAGAUGAGGAUCAGCAGGUGGAGGACGAGGACGAGGAUGAGCUGGAGGAGCGCCAGAAGGCUGGCAGUAUCCUCGUCAACGGAGACUUGUAUUAA